ACAGAAGAUACAAUACAAGCGGAAAGUGUCGUCCCUGAUAAGCCUGUGCGGACUGCAAAGGUUAAUAUGGGACGAAACUUUACGCACAUGCAUUGAACCCCCUUUUUUUUACUGAGCACGGCCAAAUUAUAAAUAAACAUUUUGAUCAAAGCAUGAUUUAUAUUGUGCCUUUAUAUCAGUAAGAAGCAUUAAAACUGAACUUGCGCUCCGUUCAAUCCGGAUUAUCGCAAGGCUGAAGAGAUUACAUUGAAAGUUGUGUACACGCAGACCGCCCAUUGGCGACGAUACCAGAGGAUUUUGGUAUAACCUAAACAUUAAUACGUAGCUCGAUAAUAACAAAAUACAUAGGCGAAACGGAUAAAGCUGUCCAUUUUACAGACGUCGGCCAGUUGUCAUCAUAAUCCACCAUGAGUAAUGCUGAGGCCGACGAUCGGUGGUCGAAAUUCGUAGAUACAGAUAUAAAAGCGGCCAAUAGGAACACCGGUAGGGUGGCAACAGAGAAAACGAAGGGCUUUAACGAGUACCUCACUCGGGUCUUGAUUCAAAAACCGCAUCGACAAAUACAGGAAUACCUCUACAAGGCGGCCACCAACCUCGUGAAGCAGGUCACGGAUAUAGCUGCCACGGUGAACACUGACUGGUGCGUGUACACGAACCGGAACAAGAAUGGUGUGGUCACCGCCCCCUUGCGGACGCUCGCCAAGGGCAAGUACGAGUGCAUGGUGCCGCUGGUCAGACCGAUGCGACUGGAUGCGUUUAAGGUAGUACAGAAGAGUCUCGACGAGAUGCCCCAGCAUCGGUGCCUCAUUCAGCUCAACCCCGCCCUCUGUCGGGAAGAGACUCAGCUAAUGCGGCGCGACUGGCACCCGUUCAUUUCCGGUGACGGAUACCUUGCGCCAAAAGCCAUACUCAGCUGGUUUAAUAGAGGCCUUGCCUCGGCCGUUCCCAUCCUGCUCUCUGAGAACCACAACGUGGACAAGCUGGCCUCCUCCGUUAGUGACGACGGCACCACGACGCUCAACGCCACCGUAUCCGACUUCGACGGUGACGAACUGAAGAUCAGCGUCUUAUCUGUAAACAUGUACCCCGUGUUUGCCCUGGACGCCCUACCGACGUCUCUAAAGCUCGCCGCUCCACUGCCGAUCUUCGGAAACUACAUCCAGGGCCAGAAGGACUUCCGGCGGUUAGUGCAGGCGGACAUGGAGGACGGGAAGCACAUCGCCUUUCUUGAUCCUAAGUUCGAGCCGAAUCCUAUUCGCCGAUGCCUUACAAAGGAGGGUCCGUCUUGGCGUAUUAACCUCAGUUUUACAGAGCUUCACGUUUACAGCAUCAUUGAUACGUACUGCAGGGGCCAUAACUUCAGAUUGGUGUUAGUCCUAAUGAAUAUUCUAAGCGAAGAGAACCCGGAGUUGUCGGCCUUAAACAACGAUAUUCUUGUAAACACCUUGUUCAACGUCUCUCAGAAAAACAUUCACAAAAUUCAUACAAAGGACGAAUGGAUUUUUGUCACGAUGCAGAUGUUGUGCGAUGGGCUGAAGAACAAAUUUGUCCCAAGUUUCUAUCUUCCGCGAAUGAAUUUGCUGGAUACGUACGGAAUCAGGGGAGAUAAGCGAAAGAAAGCGUUCGAAAAGUUGUCGGAGAUUAUUCAAGAGUUGCGAUCGAAUCCGAGGUCUAUUUUUAGAUACACAGGCUGCGUAGAAACAAAGCCGAAACGGAAAGUAACUGUCGACAGCAAAACGUCACCGGAUGCUCAGAUAGGAGAGCAUGGUGAUAUUGUAAACGAAACUGAGAACGACGCCGAAAACGGUACCGCGAAUGAUGAGAAUUUGAAUAAUUAUGAAGACAACGUGGAAGAUGAGACCCAUGAUCAGUUAUUGGAACUUCCAGAUGAACUUCUGUAUCGGCUACCAAGUCCACCACAACACCACCAAGAAGAGACGAGUGACAUUAGCAGGUUGACUAAGCAAGGAGACCGAAGCGAUAUAUAUUAACCCAUUAAUGCCUAGUGGACUCUCCCAUCCUUCUAAAUUGGACCAAUUUAUUUCCAAAGUUAGGGAUGUCUAGUAUAUGUAUUUCUAUAUUUAGAAUAUUUCUUCCAGAACUUCCUUUAAGCAAACAGCGCAGACCCUGAUGAGACGCCGCAUCAUGCGGCGUCUCAUCUGGGUCUACGCUGUUUGCCAAGGCCUUUUUUCUAGACGCUAGGCAUAAAUGGGUUAAGCUUAAAUUGUGUGUGUACGACCUUGUACUUUAUGUACCGGACAUAAUAUGACCAUCGUUCUGGGUAAGCGUGUCUGAAUGCACGUGCGUUCCCUGCUGAGGCAGACCGCACAGGCUAAUCUGGGAAGACACUUUCCGUGUUUAUGGAAUUUUUUGUUUAAGUGAAGUCUCUUCUAAAUCAUAAAAUCGAGUUUAAGAGGACAGUGUCAUCCCUGAUUAGCCCGUGUGGACUGAACAGGCUAAUCUGGAUUACACUUAACGCAUAUGCAUUGAACCAGUUUUCUGAAUGCAAGGAUCGUAUUAUGACAAUAAAGUUAAUUUAUCAUCAACUUAUGUUGGUUGUUUUCUGCUAUACCGUUCUUGGUGGUUUGUUCAGGCUCCGAUACGUCGGCUUGCAAGGGUCUUCCUGAUGUAUACAAAUCGAUAGACUUUAUUAGUUUUGUUAACUCACUUAACGUAUGUUUGGUUGAAAAUUUUUACAUUUGUUUAGAUGACUUCGUUUUGAUUGUGUUUUUCAAUCUUACUUUUUUUCUCAAUCUCAUAGCCUUUUGAAAAUAAUUGAUGAAAAUAUACUCUUGAUUUAACACUUCUCCUUGAUUUAUUAUUUAUUGUUUAUUUAUGAACUUUCAGUAUUUGAUGCGAAGUAUUAUUAUUUAUGUUUUUAUGCACAUGUAUGUCUGUUAAGUAUCGUAUGAUAUGUUGAUAUUUUGUUUUGUAAAUCAGCAUACUUUUCAUCUGGGUCAUUGUAAAAUACGUACGAUAAUUCUGUUUUAUCAUUGUUGCAAAUAUCGUACCAACAUUGUUGCUUAAUCAUUUUAGAUAUAUGCAACUUUUAUCACUGUUUUCUUACUAUAGACACACCUUUGUUGACAAACGAAAAGUACUGUUAUGAAAACAGUAUUACGACAUCGAAUGUAUUGUUGAUUACAUCUUCAGAGAUAAACAUGAAACAUGUGCGCAAUCGCCAAACAAAAAACAUAUAUGUAAGUUGUUAGCGACGUGUAUUGUAUUUUAAGCAUAUAUAUCAAUAUUAAUUGUAAACGUAACAUUCGCGUUACUAUUUAUGGCAGAUUGUUUCACGUUAACUUGCAAUAAAAAAAUACAUUGUAUACUCAUUAAUUGUUUAUCAAAUUAUUAGCUAAUACUGAUUGAUACAAGGUUUACAAACAAACGUUAUUUAUAUAUGUUAGUCAGUACAAAUGUAUAAAAAAACCGAACAUAUUUCGUUGACAAUAAAACAAGAAAUAAAAGAGUUUUAAAGCCGAACGAGUCGUACAUAUUCGAAUUAUUCAAAAGACGGAUAAACAAGUUAAAAUUAUGUUAACCGUUUGAUGUGUUAAUUUGCAGUGUUGAACCUAUACACAACCUAUAUAUAUAAAUCGCAUCAAAAGGGAUGAGAGAACUGCGAGUCAUAACGGAAAAAGAAAAAAUACCAUAAAACGAAUAGCGCAUGAAAUAAGAACUCCUCGUUGUAAGAAUGGUGUGGUUGCAUGUUCCGAUGGUCUACGUGAAACCCAGACCAGGGCAGAUGCCGAAGGAAGACCGAAUGGUAAAAGCUCAUGGAAGCAAACCAGAAAGUGUAAGCGAGAGACAUGUCGUGUCGACGCAGAAAAGAAAACAUCGACGAAAUUAUUACGCCUACAAAUUUGGUCGCAACAGGGCGCGUUAAAGAGUGACACAUGACUUUACUGUGCCUCCGACAGAUAUGCAUAUAUUUAGAUACCAUGAAUCCAAUUGACUUGUAUAUACCUACUACAUGCUCCAUGGGCACCAAGCGAUGUUAAUUUCUUAAUUACAUUGCUUCAUGCUUGAGUGCAUAUUAGAUUCGUCGGUUAAUAGAACACUAGUGCAAACACAUAACGCUCUCAGAACUAAAAUGACGUGCAUAUGCUAUUUACCAGUAUUUAUACAUUGACAAACCAGAGACAUGAUAAUAUUAAUUAAUUGUCAUAGUUAUUGAAACUAGUUAUAUCGAUUGUUAAUAUAUAUGAGUCGUGGUCUGUGAAAAAGGAGUUUAAUGCAUGUGCGUAAAGUGUCGUCCCAGAUUAGCCUGUGCAGUCCACACAGGCGAAUCGGGGACGACACUUACCGCCAAAACUAGAUGUUUGCUAAGAAGAGACCUUAUGUAACGAAAAUAUCAUAAAAGCGGAAAGUGUCGUCCCUGAUUAGCCAGAUUAGCAGACUGCACAUGCAUUAAACCCCCUUUUCACAGAGCACGGCUCAUAUUAAAAUAGCCGAUUGUUUCACGCGCGACGUAUAAAAUUAAGUACAUAACAACACUUUCAACUUGACGGUGCGUCAUAACUUCGUAUUGUACACAUAUAAACACCCCUGCUAUAAAUUAUGCAUUUGAUGCCUAUUAUGUAUAAAAGGCUGUCAUUUUAAAGGUUUAUAAUUUUCAUUCAUGAAAUCGAUAUUCAUUUAUAUGAUUUAUAUUACUUUACUCGUCUUGAGAUCUGAGGUGUAAAUAUAAGUAAUUUUAUUUUAAAAUAUUGGUUAUGUUAAUAUCAUCAUUAUGUAUCCAACCGAUGAUGAAAAUGCUUUUUUUUAUAUAAAAACCACAAACGCAGGUGGUUGUAUUAUUACGAAUUAAAACUUAGCUGUGA